ACUCUGGGGCUCUUUGGAGCUCUCGUUCAUGUGGAAGUUUUGAGCCCUUUUGAAUACCUUAAAGGAGAAGCCGCUGCUCGCAAUGAGCUCCCAAAGCCAUCCAGAUGGACUUUCUGGCCGAGACCAGCCAGUGGAGCUGCUAAACCCUGCCCGCGUGAACCACAUGCCCGGCUCGGUGGACGCGGCCUCGGCGCUGCCUUUGCCAGUGGCCCCCCCGGCGGUGCCCAUGGACCUGCGCCUGGACCACCAGUUUCCGCUGCCCGCGACGGAGGCCGGCGUCCGGGAGAAGCAGCUGCAGCAGGAGCUCCUGGCCCUCAAGCGGCAGCAGCAGCUCCAGAGGCAGCUCCUCAUCGCCGAGUUCCAGAGGCAGCACGAGCAGCUGUCCCGGCAGCACGAAGCCCAGCUCCACGAGCACAUCAAACAACAGCAGGAGCUGCUGGCCGUGAAGCACCAGCAGGAGCUGCUGGAACACCAGCGGAAGCUGGAGAGGCACCGCCAGGAGCAGGAGCUGGAGAAGCGGCACCGAGAGCAGAAGCUGCAGCAGCUCAAGAACAAGGAGAAGAGCAAAGAGAGUGCCGUGGCCAGCACAGAAGUGAAGAUGAAGCUGCAGGAGUUUGUCCUCAAUAAAAAGAAGGCGCUGGCCCACCGGAACCUGAACCACUGCAUGUCCAGUGACCCUCGCUACUGGUAUGGGAAGACGCAGCACAGCUCCCUGGACCAGAGCUCCCCGCCCCAGAGCGGGGCGUCGGUCUCCUACAGCCACCCGGUCCUGGGCAUGUACGACGCCAAAGAUGACUUUCCUCUCAGAAAGACAGCUUCUGAACCCAAUCUGAAAUUACGCUCCAGGCUAAAGCAGAAAGUGGCUGAAAGACGGAGCAGCCCCCUGUUACGCAGGAAAGAUGGGCCAGUGGUCACGGCUCUAAAAAAGCGUCCUUUGGAUGUCACAGACUCGGCCUGCAGCAGCGCCCCGGGCUCCGCACCCAGCUCGCCCAACAACAGCUCUGGGAACGCCAGCGCGGAGAAUGGGAUCGCGCCCGCUGUCCCCAGCAUCCCGACCGAGACCAGCCUGGCGCACAGACUCGUGACGCGAGAAGGCUCGGUGGGCCCGCUGCCCCUGUACACGUCACCAUCCCUGCCCAACAUCACGCUGGGACUUCCCGCCACCGGCCCCUCCGCGGGGGCGGCCAGCCAGCAGGAGGCCGAGAGACUGGCCCUCCCGGCCCUCCAGCAACGCAUCUCCCUCUUCCCCGGCACCCACCUCACCCCCUACCUGGGCACCGCACCCCUGGAGCGCGACUCGGGGGCGGCUCCCAGCUCCCUUCUGCAGCACGUGGUCCUCCUGGAGCAGCCGCCCGCGCAGACGCCCCUCGUCACAGACCGCUAUCUUGCAGGCCUGGGAGCGCUGCCGCUGCACGCGCAGCCCCUGGUGGGGGCGGAGCGCGUGUCCCCGUCGGUGCACAAGCUGCGGCAGCACCGCCCGCUGGGCCGCACGCAGUCGGCGCCGCUGCCCCAGAGCGCGCAGGCGCUGCAGCACCUGGUGGUCCAGCAGCAGCACCAGCAGUUCCUGGAGAAGCACAAGCAGCAGUUCCAGCAGCCGCAGCUGCACCUCAGCAAGAUGAUCCCCAAAGCGAGCGAGCCGGCCCGGCAGCCCGAGAGCCACCCCGAGGAGACAGAGGAGGAGCUGCUUGAGCACCAGGCCCUCCUGGAGGAGCCCUUCCCAGACCGGCUCCCGGGGCAGACGCAGGCGCACGCGUCGGCCGGGGUGCAGGUGAAGCAGGAGCCCAUCGAGAGCGACGAGGAGGAGGUGGGGCCGGGCCAGCGGCGGCCCACUGAGCAGGAGCUGCUGUUCCGACAGCAAGCCCUCCUCCUGGAGCAGCAACGGGUCCACCAGCUGAGGAGCUACCAGGCGUCGAUGGAGGCGGCCGGCAUCCCCGUGUCCUUCGGCGGCCACCGACCUCUGUCCCGGGCGCAGUCCUCCCCCGCGUCCGCCACCUUCCCCAUGUCUGUGCAGGAGCCCCCGACCAAGCCGCGGUUCACCACAGGCCUCGUGUACGACACGCUGAUGCUGAAGCACCAGUGCGCCUGCGGGAACACCAACAGCCACCCGGAGCACGCCGGGCGCAUCCAGAGCAUCUGGUCCCGGCUGCAGGAGACCGGCCUCCGGGGCAAGUGUGAGUGCAUCCGCGGACGCAAGGCCACCCUGGAGGAGCUGCAGACGGUUCACUCAGAGGCGCACGCCCUGCUCUACGGCACAAACCCCCUCAACAGGCAGAAACUGGACAGUAAGAAACUUCUAGGCUCGCUGACAUCGGUGUUUGUCAGGCUGCCCUGCGGUGGUGUCGGGGUGGAUAGCGACACCACAUGGAACGAGGCCCACUCGUCGGGGGCGGCCCGCCUGGCUGUAGGCUGCGUGGUGGAGCUGGUCUUCAAGGUGGCCACGGGGGAGCUGAAGAACGGCUUUGCUGUGGUCCGCCCCCCAGGACACCACGCGGAGGAGAGCACGCCCAUGGGCUUCUGCUACUUCAAUUCCGUGGCCGUCGCAGCCAAGCUUCUCCAGCAGAGGCUGUGUGUGAGCAAGACCCUCGUGGUAGACUGGGACGUGCACCACGGGAACGGGACCCAGCAGGCCUUCUACAGUGACCCCAGCGUCCUGUACAUCUCGCUGCACCGCUACGACGACGGGAACUUCUUCCCGGGCAGCGGGGCACCUGACGAGGUGGGCACGGGGCCCGGCGUGGGCUUCAACGUCAACAUGGCUUUCACCGGCGGCCUUGACCCCCCCAUGGGAGAUGCAGAGUACUUGGCGGCCUUCAGAACUGUGGUCAUGCCGAUCGCCAACGAGUUUGCCCCAGACGUGGUGCUGGUGUCAUCAGGCUUCGACGCCGUGGAGGGCCACCCUACGCCCCUUGGAGGCUACAACCUCUCCGCCAAAUGUUUCGGGUACCUGACAAAGCAGCUGAUGGGCUUGGCUGGCGGCCGGAUCGUUCUGGCGCUGGAGGGGGGCCAUGACCUCACAGCCAUUUGCGACGCCUCGGAAGCCUGCGUCUCUGCUUUGCUGGGAAACGAGCUUGAUCCUCUCCCAGAAAAGGUUUUACAGCAGAGACCCAAUGCGAACGCUGUCCGGUCGAUGGAGAAGGUCAUUGAAAUCCAUAGCCAGUACUGGCGCUCCCUGCAGCGGCUCGCCUCCACCGCCGGCUACUCUCUGGUUGAGGCCCAGAAGUGCGAGAACGAAGAGGCCGAGACCGUCACUGCCAUGGCCUCGCUGUCCGUGGGCGUGAAGGCCCCCGAGAAGAGACCCGACGAGGAGCCCAUGGAAGAGGAGCCUCCCCUGUAGCCGCUCCCGGAGCUGCGGUUCUCUUGUUUGUUUGUCUCCGUCUUGAAGCUCCGCCAGGAAAAGUUGCUGUCGCCCUGCAUCCUGCCAGGCCUUCUCCGAGCCCGCAGGUGCGGCGGGGCCGGCGGCAGCGGGCGGCCCUCUGCCUGCCAGGACCCGGACAGACGCCGGGACGCGCGGACACAGGGACACGCGGAAGCAGGCGCUCUGGGCUCCCCAGGGAAGCCGCAGAGGAAGGAAGCCUGUGGUGGCUCGGGGCAGAGCUGCUGAUCUAGCCAACACGAGAAAAAGAAAAUGAACAUCAAAGAUCUCACGACACAAAGCAAACUUGAUUAAAACUGGUGCUUACGGUUUGGUGAUUCCCCACAACUCCACAGUCUCCGUAUAAACCACUCAACUCAUCCUGUAGCUUAUUUCUUUUUAAGAUAAAGUCGCCAUGGCUCUGGCCGGCCUCCGAACACCGCGGUGCACAGCGGGGUGGGACACAGAGUGGGCGAGCGUUUAAGGAGAAAAACUGGACGAAAGAGAAACGUGAGCCCGCGGGAGCUGGCUUUGGUUUCUCAAAGCCGGUGGAAGAUGCGCGUUUGUGCCUUUCUUUUUAUUGCUCUGAUGGAUUUUUGUGGCUGGGUUUUCUGAAGUCUGAGGAACAAUGCCUUAAGAAAAAAUAAACAGCAGGAGUCGGUGGGACAGUUCCCUGUGGCCGGUGGGACCAGAGGCCGGUGCGUGCUGGCCGGGCCCUCCGCGAGCAGCCCGGCCGUGGCCAGCAGCUCCGGAGGGCUGAGGUCCUGCCACCCUGUUUCACUUUAUUGCUGUUGAAAAAUGGAGGUAGUUCCAAAACAGUGGCAAAUACUGUUGGGGGUUUUGAAGUCCAACAAAUUUUAAAUGAAUCCAAAGUGUUCUUUUCUCGUACAUCAUAUGAAAAUUGAGCGUCUCCAUUUGGUUGUGAAGCAUGUCCUAGGCACACUUUCAGUGUUACGAUCGGAAUGCUUUUUAUUAAAAGCAAGUAGCAUGAAGUAUUGCUUAAAUUUUAGGUAUAAAUAAAUAUAUAUAUGUAUAAUAUAUAUUCCAAUGUAUUCCAAGCUAAGAAACUUGAUUCUUAUGAAAUCUUGA